GCUCUGAACAGAGCCAAGACGACUGGCGCCGUCUCCAUCUCGGCUGAGCUCUUCGAGAAGCUGUACCUAUCACCCAAGAAUGAGGUCAACGGGGAGUUGAGGAGGACCUUUGGAAACCCGACGCCAAUUGGCCUCGUCGGGUUCCUUCUCAGUCUCAGCCCCCUAUCCUGCUCGCUUAUGGGAUGGCGAGGCGCGAGUAGUACUGGUGCCGUAGGAAUUCCCGACUAUUUCUUCUUUGGCGGCGUCCUUAUGAUCCUCGGCGGGAUUCUUGAAUGGGUGCUCGGCAACAGCUUCCCUUGCGUCGUCUUCGUCACCUUCGGCGCCUUUUGGCUCACCUUUGCGGGUACCCUCAACCCAGCCUUCGCUGCGUAUUCCUCUUAUGCCGCCACCGGACAACCGGCAGCAACAGGACUUGAGACGCAAGGAUUUAAUGCUUCGUUUGGCUUCUUCCAAGUCUUCAUGGCCGUCGUGUGCUUCUGCUUCCUCCUCGCCUCCGUCCGCACCAACAUCUGCUUCGUCUUCAUCUUCUUCACGUUGUUCCUGACGUUUACCAUGUUGACGUCUGCCUAUUGGUAUCUUGCUGAAGACUAUACGGGCAAUGCUGCCACGGCAGGAAAAUUCAUAAUUGCUGCUGGCGCCUUUGCCUUUAUGGCAUGUAUGUUUGGCUGGUGGAUCUUCUUGGCUAUCAUUCUCGAGUCUGUGGAUUUCCCCAUCUCCCUGCCGGUGGGGGACCUCUCUAGCACCGUAAAGGGACGAUCUCAGAGA